GUAAUUUAUCAUUUAGUAAAAACAGAAUUUGUAAUUGUAUCAUAUAAAGAAUGGAUUUUGAAACCAUAAUACGUGAUGAAAAUGCUAUUAAUGCAUCGCAAUUUUUUAAAGCCAUCAAUAUUUGGCGUCGUAAUCCUCAAACUAUAAACCGUAGAAUUCUUGCAUCCAUCGAAAUAUUAAAUAUUGAAGUUAAUUGCAAUUUCUUAGAAAUAUUUGAACAUGUCAAUGCCAUAGAUGUUUCAACCAUAGUUAUAGAACAUCAAAGAGAUAACAUUGAUAAUGCAAAACUAUUGGAAGCAUUGCAUAUUUCCAAUCAGGUGGCUAUUACAACAUCCAAUACAAAGAUCCAUCUAUAUGUAGCAAAACAAUUGCCACGUAUGCCACACAUAUUUUCUACUGGUAUCGAAUUCUUUUUAUGGAAAAGUGAAGACAGUUGCAUAGUAAAUAUCCACAAACCCUUUUUUACGCAUAAACAAUCUCUUGGUGCCAGGAUGGCAUUUAUGUUACAACAUGGAAAAGAUGGUUUUACAUCUGUUAGUGUCUGUCAAGUGAAUAAUGUUAAAUGUGAUCUUAGCAUCGAAUGGUUAAAGAAGAAACUUCUCCCUUGUAUCUUGAAAUGGGCAAGGAAUGAGACAGAGAUAAUACAGAUUCCGGUGUCUUCAUUGAAUCUUGUAUCAACUGAAAAAUAUGCAAAAUUAUAUUACAAAUUGAAAGAGAAGUAUAGUACAACAUUGAUAAAGAAUUGGCCAGAAAAUACCGAUCCAAUUAAAUUUGUUUAUGAAGACAUCGCAAUCGCGUCUUAUUUACUGUUGUUGUGGGAAAAAGAGAGAUUUGAGAAGGGAACUAACAAUUUACAAUCAUUCCUUGAUUUAGGAUGUGGCAAUGGUUUACUUGUGUAUAUUUUAUUUAACGAAGGUCAUCGCGGAUUAGGUAUCGAUUUACGAAGGAGAAAAAUUUGGGAUUUGUACCCAUCUGAGACUCCAUUGCAAGUUUGUACUAUCGUUCCAUCAUCCGCAACAAUAUAUCCAGAAGUAGAUUGGAUUAUUGGAAAUCAUUCGGAUGAGCUAACACCGUGGAUUCCAAUAAUUGCAGCACGUAGUUCAAAUAAUUGUCGCUUUUUUUUGUUACCAUGUUGUUCGUACGAACUUAAUGGUACAAAGUAUCAGAGACAUUGUGCUUCAAAGAGCCAAUAUUCAGAGUAUAUUGAUUAUGUAAGAAAUAUAUGUGUUCAGUGUGGUUUUAUGACACAUCUUGACAAAUUAAGGAUUCCUUCUACAAAACGAAUAUGCCUGAUUGGAUGGGAAAGAACACACGAAGACAUUAAAAGCCGGGAGGAUCGCAUUCAACAAAUACUAAGUGCAAAAACAACUGUAACUCGGCAAAAAUGUGGAUCAAAUGAAUCGAAUGAUAAUACAAUUGAGGAAUGGACAUGUGAUUUUAAGCCAAGGGAUAAAGUGGAAAAAGUACGAAACUGUACACAAUUAGAUAAAACAUUAAUUACAGAUAUUAUCAAUAUCGUAUCAAAACAAUUACUUCGCGAAGGCCGUAUUAUAUCUAUCGAGGGAGCGACCAAGAAAUUUUGGAACGCUGGUAGAUGUCUUGAACUACGUGAAAUCGCUGAAUCGAUUCCAAGAGAAGUUAUGAUUCAUUUACGAAAAGAAUGCGGUGGCCUUCAAACUUUACUGAAAAAUCAUAGUCAUAUAUUUCGCGUUACUCAAGGAAAAGUGGAAUUUAGAAUACCUGGAGCAGAAAGAUUUCACGAAAAAUCGAAGAAAAAAAAGUUAACAUUACCACGAACGAAGACUAAGCCUUGUUGGUUUUAUGAAAAUCAUCCGAAUAGUUGUCCCGCAACUGAAACAAAAUGUAAUUAUAGGCAUUAAUAUAAUUAUUUGAUGAACACAGAA